CAAAUUAACUGCGUCCACUUCCUGUGUAUAUUUGUUAGCCGGAGAUUAACGAGAGGAUUGCUCGGCGUCGUUGCACUUCAAAUAUGUCAACAUCGAGGUGAUUUACAGUCUUUAAAACAAUGGAUACUCACAACCAUGUAUGCUGAGAACCGUUUUUAAGGUAAUGCUGGCCAACGGUUGUGGUUAAGCUAAGCAACACGCAAACGUCUCUCUCAGAAGCUGGCAUCGCCAAUUAACUUACAGCAGGGGGAGAGCUAACUCGAAUCACUCGGAAACAAAAGUUUUCCAAGAUGUCGUGGUUCAGUCAUGUCAGCCAAGGCUCAAAUCAGGAACUUCCAGCCGCAGACAUCCUGUGCAGCUCUCACAACUCCAGGCUCAGUCCGGUAGAGGGAUCAACCACCACGGCAGCACACGGCUGGACCGGUUUCUCCUCACCCAGCCCGGAUGACUUUCCAUCAGCUCCCCAGGGUGUCAUCAGCCCUCCCAGCCUCGAGAAUCUGUCCUGUACUUCGGGGCAAGUUAGAGAGCCGGACCCCAUCUCCUAUGUCACCUUCCAGGAGCAGCGGUGCGUCCUGAGCUGGUUCCAGGGAUGGAGCCCCACUCAGAGGGAGCGGUUCCUGCAGGACCUUCUGGGGAAAGCUGUGCCGGGGAAAGUGUGCACCCUCCUGGAUUCACUCAGUACUCUUCAGGUUAAAGACAGACUACCAAACAUCUUUGAAUGCCAGCUACGCCUGUGGACUCAGUGGUUUGAAACUUGGGGAGAAGAGGAGAGGAAUCAUUUCCUGCACAUGCUGGAGGAGAAAGACCCAGAGUUUGUUGCACACUUUUACAGGAGUGUAGCUGGGACAGCAGGACGCAACUGAGCAGUGUGUGCAUUAGCAUAGAAAAGAGUGACGUGGUUGAGAAAGCGUAUUUGUUGUGAGGUAGCUAUGUUCAGAGAAAUGCUGGUAUAAAUAUGAUGAGACUUGUUGUUGAAGCCUAAUUUCAUUUCAAGAUAAGUGUUCAUUCAAUAUAAGCUGUUUUUACUCAGUUUUCUAUAGAUUCUUCAAGAUUGCAUCAUACAGUAUACUACUUUUUUUAAAUAAAGUUCAUCAUAGCUAAUGCUUUGCCAUUUCAGGAUUCAUUGAACUUGAAAUAGUUUAGGAGUGAACUUACAUUUUUUUCUCUUUUACUGGUGGUUAACACACAUGGAAUGACAUGGACAAUAGCUUUUGUAAAAAUGAGAAUAAACAAUGCAUUGUUGUA